CAAUUAGGUAGACACUCUCAAGGUCACUUCGGCGUCGCUCAAAGGUCGUCCAUGAAUUAUAGUCUCACCACUUUACCGCAUCUUAUGUGUACAAUAUGUAUACCUACAAGUGCCCUGGUACGGCAGAGCUUUGUCCACCCUAGGGUGUGGAGUGUCAACUCUUCCUCUUGAAAUUCUCUCACGUGGUCAUGCGUAUGCAGCCACUGUUGUUUACGAAAUUGAGGGGACAAAAAGCGAAUCUCUGGAGCUUUACCCUGGUUGAUAGAUAGGGAGGACCCAUCUAGAGGAGUUGGAAAACCCUGAUUUCAAACCAAUGGUUCACAUGGGCUUCAGGAUCCCGAGGGAAGAAAUGGCGUAUGAACCUAUUGUUGGACACCGGUUACCAUGGGACUGUAUCUCCUUACGUUGCUCUACUGUCUUGUGGAUUAAACCUCUAGGUCAAAGGCUCGGGUAGUGGCCUCCUAAGAAAACCAGUUGCCUCAGUUUGGGCACCCUGACCGUAUCCAAUUCUUCACACAAAUCAGUGAUAACUACUACUGGCGCAUUUGUUUCGUGUUUCCUUGUCAGUCAGCCAGCUACAACGUAUGACUAGGCACAUGUAUGUAUCAGUCCAAGUUGCCACACCUCAUUAGCACAACAAGUGCCCCUUUGUACCAAUGUUUAGGUGUUAAAAUAAAUAAGUAAAUAUCGCAUGCACUGAAUUCUCUUCCUCCUGCUCUUCUUUCUUCCAGAUUCUCAGAAUCACACUUCCCUACACUCUCUCAGCAGCCACAUUCCCCCGGCCUAAUUACUAAUCUACCAAAAAGUGAAUAUCACUAUGCGAAGUCCCCAUGAUAAGUUUUUCUAUGAUGUCUAUAGUGUUAUAAGUCAAUGGGAGUUCAUAAUUCUUCGCAUCCAGACAAUACUUCUGUGGGAGCGUGUGGUCCCAAGUCUUGUUUUCACAGCAUUCGUACACCUUGUGUUCUUAUCAUUUGUAAAAAGCAACUUCAGUACACUGUUUAUUUCCUGUCUGGUGUUGUUUCUUGUCCUGUUAUGCAACCUCUUACAACCACUAAUGGCAAGGCUUUUUCUAGAUUCUAAGCGUUCAUCUGGUUCGUUCUCAGAACUUGUUUCCAUUUGUUUGGAAAAUGGGAGCAUCAUGUCUACCACUGAUCUUAGCCAUUGGAUAUCUGGCUGUCUCUAUGGUGCACUUAAUAUCGCAAAUAAGCUUGCCCCAUGUCAUCGAAAUCAUCCUCUCUCGUUUUUCAUUAUUUCAAGCACUAUUAGCAUUGGAUGCAUCGUACUUAGCAUGUAUGUUUCCGGCGUAACCUUAGCUUACAUAGCUCUCAAUAUUUGUUUAAUUUUGCCAACUUUGCUGCACCAUCGUGUAAUUUCUCGUGUUUGGAACUUGAUUAAACCUAUUUUAACGCGUAUUGAAGCAGAAUUCGAUAAAAAUCCGUUAGAAUCUCCUGAAGAACGCGAUGCCGGUGAACGAGAACUUUACGAGCCUAUUGUUGCAGCAGCAAAUGCUGCUAAUUCCUCCGUAUUCCCUGAUGGAUUUUUAACAGACAUACCCACGAAAGUGGAAUCUAGUCAGCUCGAGUCAGAAGAACUAGAUAACUCGGAAGCAGUAUUCAUCAAACAGUUUGUUUCCGAUAUUAGUUCUGAGGAAUUGGAUCGUUUGUUUUCUGAAGCUCUUGGUGAGCAUGAAAUUGCAACAAAAAACACUACUAGACAUAGCAAAUCCCAUAAUAAUCAUAAUAAUAAUGAUAAUUUCUCAGAAUUUACUGACACAGAUUAUCCAUUUAUAACUCAACAAGAAAUAGUUGAAAAAUCACGUUCACCACCAAUUUUGUGGGCAAUGGAAAGUGAGUAUGCUACAGAUGAUGAUGAAAGCAGCGAUAUCAUGGGUGAGGUUUGCCCAGCUCCGAUGACAAUGAUGAAUAAAGAUGUUGAACGUGAAGGAUUUGUAUUUGUACGAAAACAAAAAUAAAAACAAACUAAAUUGAUAAUGACUUCAUUCGUUUGAUUUUUCUUCCCCUCAUCAUUCCCUACCUGUAUACACCACUCUACUUCCCAUUUAUAAAUAAAUACCCCCCCUCUCAAUAUGUAUUUACUUUAAAAAAGGACAAUUAUUUAUUCGACCAAGUUUUGUUGCAUACUUAUUAUUAUUAUUAAUGGCUGUUAAAAUAAUCGAAAAAAAGAUAGACUGUUGAAAUAUAUAAAUGGUAGAAAGAGCAUAGUAACUCAGGUAUUCAAGUGGACCGCUGUAAAUUUAGUUAUUAUCUCUGACCUGAAUGUAUCUGAAAUCCUACUUUCACUGUUUCUUUCUACAGAUUGUAAUUGACUUGCAUAGUUUUAUGUAAUAAAAUGCAUUUAUAUUG